GCAAAGCUCAGCCCAGCACUGGCCACACUUCCCCGUUCCAGACCAGCUGCUGCAGAAAUCCAGCCCCCUUUUUCCCUAGCCAUGUGAGCAAGCACAGCCAAUGGGGAAAUCCAGCCCCUUUCCCUAGCCAUGUGAGCAAGCACAGCCAAUGAGAAUCUUCGAAACGCGGAGAAGCAUCUGUAUUUUACUUUGUGCAAUAGUUGACAACAUGAUGUCGGGAAUUCUGGAGAAGUUCCAAAGCCCAGGGAAGGGUAAUGGAGUUCGGGCACUUAAGGAUAUGAGCCAUGGAUUAACGGUGAUGAUUGCUGAGCCCUACGUAUAUACUGUGUGCCGGAUAAAGACUGCGUGCGAUCACUGUCUUCACAGGAAAGAAAAACUUCUGCGAUGCUCACAAUGCAAGGUCGCCAGGUACUGCAACUCUCACUGCCAGAGGAAAGCUUGGCAAGGUCAUAAAAGGGAAUGCAAAUGCUUGAGAAGUACCUUACCGAAUGUACCCCCAAACUCCGUCAGGCUGGUUGGCAAGAUUAUUUUUAAAAUGCUUCAAAAACCAGACACUGCUUCAGAAGAACUGUAUACCAUAUCUGAUCUUCAGUCCCAUAUCAAAGAAGCCAGUGAAGAAGUGAAAGAUGGCCUGCGGCACCUCGCUACUGCUCUACAGCAUUACCUGAAGGAGGAAAUUCAAGAAAUAUCUCAGCUCCCACCUGGUUUUCAAGUUCUUGAAUACUUCGGCAAAGUAAGUGCCAAGGUGACCUGUAACAGUUUCACCAUUAGCGAUGGGGAGAUGCAAGACGUUGGUGUUGGCCUGUAUCCCAGUAUGUCUUUGCUGAACCACAGUUGUGACCCAAACUGCGUGAUUGUAUUUGAAGGCACAUGCCUGCUUCUCCGUACAGUCAAGGAAAUCCCAAAGGGAGAGGAGCUGACCAUAAGCUACAUUGAUGUAAAAAUGCCCACCCAGGGGCGGCGGGACCAGCUACAGCGCCAGUACUGUUUCCUGUGUGACUGCCAGCGAUGCCUGUUAAGAGAUAAGGAUGAGGACAUGCUGGCAGGAGAUGCAGAAGCUUCAAGAGAAGUGGAAAGUUCAGUAUCCAGACUGGAAGAGCUGCUGUCACAGAACACAGAAGAAGCUUUGAACUUGUGUAAGACGUUGAUGAACAGGUAUUAUCUCCCAGACAAAAACAUUUAUCAGCUCAAAAUUCUUGACUGUGCAAUGGAUGCCUCUAUCGACCUUGGUCUAUGGGAAGAAGCUCUGCAUUUUGGCCUACGAACUUUGGAGCCAUACAGUUUAUAUUACUCAAACUACCACCCUGUGCGGGCAGUUCAGCUCAUGAAAGUGGGUAAGCUGCAGAACUACCAAGGCCUGUUUGCUGAAGCUAUGAAAACCCUUAAGCAGGCCUUUGAUAUAAUGAAGGUGACACACGGAAGAGACCAUGGCCAGACUCAGCAGUUGGCAGAGCUUAUGAAUGAUUGUGAAGCCAAUAUGAGAGGAAUGUAGGAAGACUGGACAACACUUCUACUCUGUCUCCAAAUCUGUUUCACAUCUUUGGGCUGUAUAAUAAAGAAACUUGCUAAAGUUUUGUUAUAACAUUUACUGACAAAUGUCAUGGACAUUCCUCUUUGGGCAUCUACCGAUUUUGAAGGUUGGAUAAAAUGUUUAGUAUUAUGUUGGUACACGAGGGUCUGAUUUACAAAAAUACUAAACUGGACAAGUGAGUCAGAUCUUUGCUUUCAUUUUUUAAGCAGCCGUAGACUAGGCACUGAUUGGUUGCUAUGGGCAACUGCACUUUAGCACCUGUCUUUGAAUAUCAGCCUCAUCUUUUAAAGGGGUGGGUCACCUUUAAGCUCACUUUUAGUAUGUUAUAGAAUGGUUAAUCCUAACCAACUUUGCGACUUGUCUUUAGUUUUUAGUUUUUAUAGUUUUUUAAUUAUUUACCUUCUUCUUCUGCCUCUUUCCAGGUUCACUGACUCUGGAAGCCAGAAAAACUAUUGCUCUGUGAGCUACAAUU